AGCCACUAAACCCGUAACCCUAUCUUAUUUUCUUCGCCUCACAGCCACAAGCCCACAAAUCGCCGUCUCCCUCACUUCUCUAUCUCGUUAACUCCGUCCCUCUCUCUGCCAUCUCCGCCUAAAUUGCAAACCGAAUCGGCGCCGCCUUCUAUGCCAUCUACCCUCCUCACAGACUGAAACAUCGUCUCCCUCACCACCGCAUCUCACUCAUCGCGCAAAUCGUCAUGUCCAUCUCAGGCGCAAAUCGUUGUCUCCUUCUCCGUCGUUUGUCAUUCCUUGAAUUCCCACCUUCUCCAUCGUCUGUCAGUCCACUAUCGUCUCUCUUUCUCUCUUUGGACUCAAACACUGGCACAACGCAGGUAAUUUUCAAUUUACUUAUUAAUAAACCUCCAAAUUUUUAAAAGGAUUCUUCUUCUUUUUAAAGGAUCCUAGAAUUUUGUUUAAUUUGUUUAUAUUUCUGCACUUCUAUGGUCUGGUUUUUUUAUAUAUUCUUCUUCUUUUGCAAAGUGAUUUAUAUACGGAGUAUUGUUUUUUUCCCGUUCCUUGGACCGAUGAACACCCCUAAUGGCACCAGCCCAAAGGACUUCUCAACUCUCCGACUCUUAAUUACUCAGCAUUUCUCAUCUUUUGCUCAAUGAAAUUUAGCUUUUGGCAAAUAAAAACUUUUGGAAAACUUUUGAUGUUUCACCUUAUAAUCUACGGAGUAAUUUUGAUGAUUAUUUCUGCUCAUAUCUUAGAAUAAAUUAGUUAAUUUCCCUUAUAAAAUGGUGGAGGUUUUUGCCGAUUCUAAAAGUUUUCUUUUCAUUUUCUUAUUUGGCAAAUUAUUGUGACUAAAAUGUCCUAUAUCCCCUCUAAUAGUUUCCCACCCAAUCACACCCGCCUAGGGGUGGAAACGCUUCUGGGGAGAACCGAUAUUGGCGCUGGAAUCGCCGGUUCCCGAAAUUGUGCCCGAGCCGGAGACGAAUGGGCGGGAAUGAGAACCGGACUUGGAACUGGUGGACACGUGUCCGGUUCUGGGUAUUAAUUUGGUGAUAACGGAACCGCUGGUUCCGGUAUAUUUUUUUUUCUUUUCUUGGCCGAAAUUGGAGACAACAAGAGCAAGGAAACGACUUCAAAGCCGUUGCGGCAGGGGAGUUUGGGAGGGUGGGGGGUUGCUCUCUCUCUCUCUCUCUCUCUCUCUCUAUAUAUAUAUAUAUAUAUAUAUGGGGAAGAUGGCGAGACAGGUGAGCCCGAGACCUCUGAUGGUUCGGGCAAAGGUAAAAAAAACUUAAGUUUAAUUUAUUUGUACAUCAUUUUUUUAAAGAAACAAAAAAACGACGAAGUUAAGAAAAUUGUAGACAUUGUGGGGCAAUCAUAAAAAUAAGAAUUUUUGAGGGUUAUGGUUCGCCGGCCAAACACCUCAGUGUGAGGCACCCCGUGGAGUACGCUAAAAUGAUGGCGAGGAAGGGACAAGUACAAACUUAAAUUUCUCAUUUUGCAAACAAAGGGAUUACAAGGCAUGGGGGAAUCUUAAAAUUAAUUUGGAGUACUCGUAAUAAUUCUCAUGCAUGGAACUCUUACGGUAAAUCUAGGAAUAAAAAACUAAUAACAUUUGCUAAGGACAUUACGAUUAGAUGGAAUAAUAUAUAUAUAUAUAAGUUGAUUGCACAGAUCUUGCGAUAUAAAGAAGAACUUGCUUUAACUCUCAGGUAUUAACUUAAUCAUAUUAUUGAUUUGAAUGAAUUUAUUCUUGUUGAAAAAGUGAACAACGUGUUAGAGGUUUUUAAUAAUGUCACUCUUACUCUCUCGCAUGUUUAUAAACCUACGACAAAGAUAUGUGUGCCCUAAUGUGUAUUGUAUGAGGGAUAGGCGGUGUGUUUAUUACUUAUAUAUUCCUAAUAUUUAUAAAAUUGGUAUAAUUUGUGAUCCACGUUUUAAGAUUGAGAAUUUUAAAAUUCUCAUUGAGUAUUAUUAUACUCCGUAGUUACUUUUUUUUUUAAUGAAAAUUGUUAUCUUUAUGACCAAUUAAUAGAAUGGACAAAAGAAAGAGAUAAUGCUAUUGAUUUUUUUAGUCUUUAUUUAAAGAAUUUCAAGUUUUAUAUGGUACCCCACCAGAAGAAAUAGUAGCUCAUCCUGUCCCGAAGAGGUAAAAAAGGGUUUGAAAGGGAUAGUCGGUUGCCUCUUGGCGAAAAAAGAUAAGCGUAGCUCUACAUCGAUGAGUACAGGUGGCACAAGUGUAAGUUUGCACAACGAACUUGCGAUGUACCAAGGCGUUCCAUGCGACAACAAUGAAGACUACGAUAGCGAGUUCGAUUUCAUUGAAUGGUAGACACGGAAUAAGCACAUGUUCCCGUCACUCGGAAUGCUAGCCAGAUAAGUGUUAUCUAUUCCGGUUUUCUGUAGAUGUGCAAAAAGAGUUCAAUUAUAGCGGCAACAUUCUAACCGACUACUGAAUCGCUUGAGGCACUUGUUUGUAAUCAAGAUUGACUCUUGGCAAGACAUCGAGUACAAGAGGCUGGCUACAAGCCUACCACAUUGAUACACAAAAUUACAUGGAUGCAACUGCGGAGGGAAGUGGUAGUUUUGAGGAAUAAAUUUGUAUUUUUUUAAAAUUGUAAUGAGUUUUUUUAGGUGUGCGAUUUAUUAGCUCUUUCGAAAGUUUCUUUGUGAUUCUUUACCUCGUAAUUUUUUUUAAACCGUCAGGAUAUUAAAUGAGAUUGCCAUAAGUCUGAAUGUAAAAGUUGAAAAGGAAAAGUAGAAACACGACUAGAUGAAGAAAAAGGGAGGCGUUGCCUCGAGCUGGGUCCCCCGUUGCCGCCGCUGGAUGGCUACCGACCGCCGCUGUUGGCGCCGGGCCGACCGACGAGAAGAGCCGUGCUACCAGUGUCGGCCAUGGGAGACCGCUGCCGGUCCAAUAACAUGAGAGCGGAGAAUGCUUGUAGAAAAGUGGGCAGCGGAUCCUGAAAUUGAAGAAAAGAUGUCUGGGCCUGCAGAUCCGCGGGGAGACCACGAAGCAUCUGAAGAACAAGUUGAUCGUGAGAGCAGAAGCGGUGGGGACAGAGGAGAUAACCAGAUCGGAGACUUCGUCGGAGAUGGUGGACAGAAUCCAUCCCUGGAGGAGACCGUCAAGUUGGAGUCAUUCAUCGUCGUCUUCAGAGAGGGGGACGACGGAGCCGUUGAUGUAGCCUUGGAGAUUGAAUCGGCGAACCAGGAGGAGAAAGAGGCGACUCCACUUCUUGUAGUUUGGUUGAGAGAGGCUGAAAAGAACCAGAACAUGGAGUUUGACGUUGGAGAUCGUCGUGAAAGCAAGAUGAGGAGUCUUUGCCGGGGUGGCAUUGGUGUUGGAGGUGACCUCGCUGUCGGCCAUUGGAGAGAAGAGAGCCGGCGACGAAAGGAGGAGAGGAGGAGAGGGGCUGCUGCUGACGACGAGAGGGAGAGGCGGCGCUGCCGCUGGAACUGCCGAGAGGGAGAGGGAGAGCCGAGAGGUAGGGUUAGGGUUUUUUUUGUUUAAUUAAGCUCCGAUACCAUGAAGAAUAAUGAUUUUCAUUGAUU